AUGGGUCACCUGGCUUCCUUCCUCACGACGCUGUGGCUGACUUCGGCAGCUGCACAACUCGGCUUCAUCAAAGACUUAGCCAAAGACGUAACCCAGGGAGCGAAGAAUGAGGUGCAAGCCAUUGCGGACCCCCUCGGGAAGACUAUCGCCUUCAUCGGAUCUAGCCAAUGUUCGAACGUGCAGAAGCUGAUCGGAGUGACAUAUGAAAACUACGCGGACUCCGGACCAGAUCUAAGCCAGCUCACUCUGGUCUUCAUUACCAGGGCUAAAACUGUCACCUACAAUUUAACCCUGGCUCCCGAAGAAAUCCCCCUGGAGCGGUGGUUCAACCCUGAGCUACCGUUCAGGAUCUUCCUGCACGGGUUCACAGAUGACCCUUCCAAGUCCAGCUACCAGACCAUCAGCAAGGCCUUCCUUGAAGAAAAUGACGUGAACAUCUUGGCUCUGGACGCCAGCUCGCUGAUCCGCUGGUUCUACCUGCGGUCUACCGUCAUGGUGCGGUUCAUUGGAGAGAGGCUCGGCUCCAUACUGUCCGCCUUAGUACCUGCUGGUCUGGACCCCUCAAAGAUCCACCUGAUAGGUCACAGUCUGGGCAGUCACAUCGCAGGAUUUACCGGCAAGUCGUUCUACAACCAGACCGGGUACCGUGUUGGCAGAAUUUCCUCGCUUGAUCCUGCUGGACCCUGCUUUUCGAACCUGCCGAUAGACCUGAGGCUGUCCAAGGAAGACGCGGACUUUGUGGACGUUAUUCAUACUGAUGCCGGUGUAUAUGGACUAAAUGAGGCGAUUGGUCACGUAGACUUCUACCCGAACAGUGGCUCCGAACAGCCGAACUGUCUCUUCCAAACGUGCAGCCAUAGCCGAGCGUGGCAGCUGUACACCGAGUCUGUGCUGAUACCGGAAGCCUUCAUCGGGGCGCAGUGCUCCAGCUGGAAGCAGUUCAUGAAAGGAAACUGCAAUUAUAAUGACACCAGCAUCAUGGGUUACUACUGCCCCACGGACUCCCGCGGCAAGUACGACCUCCAGACCUCGAAUGAGUCUCCCUACGGCCGCGGAGUAGAAGGGCUCACCUACGUCAACAACGCCGGCAUCGUCAGGAACAUCAAGUACAUAGUCACCGGGAAAUAA